AUGCCAAAAGGUUCUCCUACUCAUCUUCCUUACAUCCAUAAUGGGUAUCACUCUACCAAUCCCGAUCAAGGCUCUACGGACGAUUUCUUCGAUGACCACUUACCUCCACCUCCCAUUGUCAAACGUCGACGUACAAUACGCAGGCCCGACUCAUGGGAGAAAAAGUGCGCGUACAAGACUGGUAUGGAUGUCGAAGAUAUGCACAAGAAAUCAGGAGCUCCAAGCUCAGCGACACUUGAGCGCGAAGUCAUGGCCAAUACCGAAGAUGAUAGGUCCGAAGGCGAGACUUCACAGCAACCCUCAUUGACGUUUAAGCGUAUGGCGACUCUCUUGUCUUCUCUACGCUUCGUUGCACGCUUGAAACUAGUACAGAACGACCGAUGGCCAACUAAGUGGACCAUACUUGUGACUCUCGCCCUUUACACCCUCUUACUUUCUGCCGUUUUUGAGACUGCUUUUGCAUUACUGCCUCAUAUGUGCCUUUGGUUGGGACCGGAAUGGUCUUGGUGCGCUUGGUACGAGAUCUCGGAUUUGUCUAGACAUUUGCUUCUAAUUUUGACUUGGCCAGCAUGCUGGGUGACUGGGGGUUACUCAUCAGCCGCAUAUUACAUCGGGCACGCAGACCGUGAACCUUGGUAUCCUUUCACGCCUCAAGCUCUUUUUCCGGGUCGCGCUCUGUUUGAUGCCCAAGCAGCUCUCCAUAAUGUGUCAUGCUAUAUUCCGUUUGAGUCACGACCAGAGGACCUCGUCCAAGACUGUAUCGAUAAAUAUCAAGACUUGUAUCGACGUCCAGAUCUUGAGCUACAAAUUGGACGAAUCGACCACGUAAUGCGCUUACCAGACUGCCGGAACGGUCAUCUCAUGAUUGUACUCAGCGCCUUAGAGAUGCUGGCUCCGCUACGAGACUCAUGGAACGAAACAGGGGCAUGUGCUCGUGAAGCCAGCCGUCGUAUCACCACCUCCCAGCAGGACUUCGGCAUAUCGAAUAAUCGAGAAGACCUGGAUGUUGAAGUUAAACACUUUCUGUCUCGCCUGCUCCAAAGGCCUUACUCCGUUGCAACUAUCAUUCAGGAAGUCUGGCGGCUUCAAAAUGUCCUGCGUCAGCAACGGCCCUGCUCGGGCGCUAAUAUAGGACAGCUUGUUCACCUCACAGAUCGACUCCUGGUCCAGGAGUCUAUCGACUUUGGACGGGCUCACAAAAUUAUAGAUACAUACCUCUCUAGUCUGCGAGAGCAGCGCGAAAUGCUUUCACAGAAUCCUAAUGCGUCUGGAGCAUGCGAUUCUACAAUCGUGAACAACCUCAUUGCCCAUCGAAACCAGUUCUUGCAUGACCUAACGUCGCUAGAGCGCAUUAAUCUGCACAUAGGGCUCUAUGACACAGAUACAGACUCUGCUCGUGCGACUGUGAGCUCUCCGUCGGCCGCCAAACACGAACCUCGAGUAGGUGAUCAUGCAUUGAAGAACGACAGAACGCCGCUUCUACGUACUAUCACACCGAUGUUAGAUCAUGGAACCUCUCUAAAUCAGAAGCCACACACUUCCACCGUGCCACGCGAGAGGUCGAACGAAGACAAGUUACGAAGCGACAUCAUACCGCUCUCAAAACAAUCAGCAUUUCAUAGUGAUGACUGUAAUCAGGUCUACAACCAACUUCAAGAUUCAAGCAUACUUCGUUCUCAAACGGCUUUAUCAGCGAACGACCUACCAGAACCUCCAAGCACUCCCUUUUCGAUGGCGAAUACAGAACAGCAAGGUCUGAAAGACUUUGGUGCGCCAGCCACUCGAUAUCCGUCUCAAUCCCGAGCUACAAAUACGUUGGACGAUCUGCUUUGCGUAGAUGAGGAUGCGCCUGGAAUUGAACUAAAGACGGCCGACACAAGUAGAGAGUAUACAGUUGACAGCCAUUGUUUCAUAAAAUGGGCCGGGAUGAAGCUGGCCAUGAUAAUCUGUAUCUUUGGGCUCUGUUUUGUAUUAUUGCUUCUGAAGCGAAAGCAAGGCGCUGAGCGCGAUGGACAAGAUGACGGCGAUAUGAACGAAGAAACAUUGCUGGAGCGGAAUGAGUCACGACCAGGACAAAUGGCGAGAGCAGAGCUAGAAGUACUUCUAGCCCAGUCAAGCAGGAUGGCAAGAUCAUCACUGGAAGUCGUGUCCCCGACUGAGCCACAGGAUAAGGAACAGACAUCACACGAGAAGAGCGUGAAAAGGCGAUUGGGCCAUAACACCCAGAAGAUCCCAGCCUAUAGCGACACCGUUAGAGACGCAGGCCAGGGGAAGGAGAAGAGAACGCAUGAGGAGUCCAUGGAUUCGCCACCAUUUCAAAACCACGAGACCCCACCGAGUGGAUAUCUCGCAAAGGCUCGUGUUUGGUUCUCAAAACGUGCCGCUAUGAGGCAAAUGAAUGCUCAUCUUUCCGAGAACCAGAGCGCAGCGUCUGUCAGCACCACAACUCCAGACAUACCACCAACGUCAACGGAAGCACCUAUAGAGACACGAGACCUUGAGCUGAUCGAGGAUCAGAACGUAGCUACGGACACAUCACUGAUACAAAUGAGUCCAAUUACAAAGGAUGCCGAAGAUCAGUCAAGGAUUUCCCAGAACUCAACAUCUGUCAGUACCAGGCCUAGUCCCCCAGCGAUAGCAUCGUCAAAAACAUCUACAGAUACUCUAAGACCCUGCAAGUCGCCCUCACCAGACUCACUCUCAAUAACAGCCGAAGCCAACGGUGCAAAAAACAAGCUUCCAAUAUCCCUCGCAUCCCCUGACAUACAACUAGCAUUUAACGAACUACAAGAGCCGAACUCACCCCCUCGGCCAUGGGCAAGCUCACGAUCAAAAUACUCUUCACCAGCAUUAACACAAACGACUCCAGAGCCUGUAUUGCCUAGCAGGUCCUCUCUGCCACACCCACCGUCUACACCAAGCACAAACCCCGACCCCGAUGAUUGGGACAUCGUACCGGAGCACCUCCCAUCGCUCUCAGAUAGAUCUACAGCAUCUGGUGCACUGCAGGGGAGAGAUAUGUAUCCUCAAUUACGUGUGAUUGCCCAGAAAAGCACGCCUAAGGUGGCUGACGCCUCAUUAUCUACACAUGAGACAGUAGAAGGUUUACAGAGUAUCUCUAUCGUCUUAAAAGAGGGUGAGCAGGACAAGAUCAUUACGGAAGAUUGUCUUGACACUGUCGCUGUGGAUGAUGAUGUGCAAGACCAGAUCGGAAUAUGUAGAGUGGUAAGUGGGACUGCAUCAGGGGACAAAUUAUCCAUGGCCACCUCGAAUAUUGCUCAGAAAGAGCCGAAGUUCGAUCCGGUUGGAGAACCAUCUACCAAAACUCGUAAUAAAAUCGUAUCACGCAGUUAUACUCCAAAACCUUAUUCUCCCGCCUCCCAAUAUUCGUCGAGAUUCCUAACAGACGAUAAAACGAGCCCAACCAUAGACGUUUUUGACGAAGCUAUCCGUUCCACGACUCUCGAACCAACAGUAAUAUCUGACCCAAGUCCUGAUUCCCCUGACUGUCGCUUCUCGUCGCCGAAACAACUAGUCCAUGAGCAUAGUCCGACCGCAAAUAUUCUUGCCGAGCUCAAAUAUUCGCUUCCCGAAUCAACAGGCAUAUCUACUACGCCAACGCCUAGAUCCACGAUCUCCCGGAUAUCUUCACCAACCCAGCCAGAUAACGCGCCCGCUAGUCCGAUCGCACUUGUCCUAAAUGAUGCUGUCCAAUCUACUUUCCUCGAACAUCAUCAGCUCGAUGACACAUCAUCCUCUACUUCAUUCACAACACCUUUGAACGAGCCUCAACAGGGUUUGUACAAGCCUAAGCCUGGCUUAGUCGCAUCAAUGGGUAAUGCACCCAGUCUGUCUACUUUAAGGCCCAGUCUCCUCCCUACUCCAUUCCUACCACCAAUCCAAAUAGCUAAUAGGCCCAACCCAGCCAGAGAAGUCCCUGCUUAUGUCCAGCCUCCUGUUCAGGAACUGUCUGAAAUCGAAGAGGCCUCGUCUUCUGCUGGGACUGCAACAAGGGAGUCCCAACAGCAAGUUCCGGACACCGCAACGCCAACUACCUCGCACCCUCAGCCCUCCUCACAUCCACGAAUAGAUGACCCGCCUAAUCGCGACCCAGACACCCCUGAUAGUGUCCUAUCUAACGUCGUUGAACAUCAUCAGCCUGAAAAUGCCUCAAAUUCCACCAAAGCAGGCUGGAAAAAGUCACACUGCACCCGACACAGCCUUCCACCUAUUCAUACACCAAACGAGCAAGACAGUCAAGACAUACCCUCUCAACACACCCCAACCGCUGCCUCAUUCCCUAGGUCUGUCCAAGACCCCACUAUCUCGGAACACAAAGGACAUAGCUCGGCCGACGUCCCAGCCUGUCCGCAAGUCACAUGUAGUUUUGUUCAUGACCACGAACAGCAUGAAGGGGGCGCUGAUUCAAUAACAGAUAAAAACCCAUAUGCCAGCAUACCUGACGGGAAGCGUCUGUAUAUGGCCGAGGACGGGUAUAGUCAGUGUAGGAGGCGAUGUAGAGGUGAGACUGAGGGUUCAGAAAAUAUGGACUUGGAUAAUGACCAGAAAGGGGCUAGACAGCUACAGAGUAUGCAAGGUCUCGAGAUCGACGAUGCUAAACAAUAUGACCACACGGGUCAUUCAUCUACUGCUGCUGCUGCUGCGGGGCAAGAGCAAGUCCGGCCCAGCAACUCUCCACCGUUCAGUCCUUCAAAAAAACCGCACUGGCGUGGUGACCACCUAGUCGGCUAUCAAGGUAACAUGGCAGGGAGGCCACGAUGGCGGUAUCCUGGACCGAGUCCUUGA